UUUUGUGAUGGGAUGGAAAAUGGCGGCUGUUCGUAAACCGCAUUAACUUUGUUCAUACUAGUAAAAACAGCAGCUACCAUGCAUACCCCUUCUCUUUAAAUGCACUAGAAAUACCCGAAGGUCGCUAGUUUUAAUACGACUUCAGCUCAGGGUGAGUUUUCUACCGAUAUGAGCAAGAUAAUGGAAGAAAUGCGAACAGUAGCUGGACUCGACUCCCAGUGAAGGAACAAAGCUCCAGUAUUCACUGGGAUCAUAAUAAUAAUCAUUAUUAUGAUUUUAUAAUGAUAAUUUAUAUGUUAAUGUUCACUUCCAGUCGGUGUGGUACUGUAAAGUAGUAGUACUGGACUCUUUAUGUGAGAUAAGCUUCACAUAUACAGCCAGACCGGUAUGAAGUCAGUGAGUGUAACCCUGGUAACCGAUAUGUGCUAACGUUAGAGGAGUUUUAGAGGCGUUCAAAGACAACAGACAGCUUGUUGUGAUCUCAGUUAACUAGUCAGGAGACUCAUAAAGUUAAUGUUGUAACUUAGGCUAAGUUAGCUGACAAGUAAAGCUGCCUGAUGUGAACACACUCCUCCUCUCUGCUGCUUUGUACUAUCCGAUGGAGCAAAGAGGCGCUGCGGUGCAGUUUCGGCUGGGUCGACCUAAAUACUCGUUAAUAACAUCGUUAUAAUAACGUUAAAUAACGUUAAAUAACGUCACCUGCAUCUGGUUGGACAGAGCUACGUGUGCCAGUGAUAAUGGAUGCCUCCAAGCCAAGGUACAGCAAAAGGCUGCGGGCCGGUACCCGGCGACGUUACCAUGACGACGGCAUCUCGGAUGAGGAGAUCGAUGGGAGGAGGAUGUUUGACCUGGAGGAGAAAGUCAGCAGUCAGAGGUUUGGCUCUGACCGGGUCCUACGCAUGGCGGGAAAAGACUUGACAUUGGAGUUCGUCCAGCGUGGUGGCCUGAGGGACCCAAUCCUCUUUGAUAAGCCUGAAGGACUGGGAAUCAAGAUGCCUGAUCCGGAUUUCAGUGUCAAUGACGUCAAGAUGUUUGUUGGUAGCAGACGUAUGAUAGAUGUGAUGGACGUGAGCACUCAGAAGGGGACAGAGAUGUCCAUGGCCCAGUGGACACGUUACUAUGAGACGCCUCCGUCUCAGAGAGACAAGCUAUAUAAUGUCAUCAGCCUGGAGUUCAGCCACACAAAGCUGGAGAACCUGGUCCGGAGACCUACCACAGUAGAUAUAAUAGACUGGGUGGACAACAUGUGGCCUCGUCACCUGAAAGAGCGGCAGAGAGACUCAACCAACUCUAUCACAGACAUGCAAUACCCCAAAGUACAGAAAUACUGUCUGAUGAGUGUCGAGGGCUGCUACACAGACUUUCACAUUGACUUUGGAGGGACCUCGGUGUGGUACCACAUCCUCCGAGGGUGCAAGGUGUUCUGGCUGAUCCCUCCCACCCCCCAGAACCUGGAGCUCUAUGAGAACUGGGUGCUGUCGGGGAAACAGGGAGACAUUUUCCUGGGAGACCGAGCAUCUGACUGCCAAAGGAUUGAACUGAAGAAGGGCUGCACCUUCAUUAUACCCUCAGGUUGGAUUCAUGCCGUCUACACCCCUACGGACUCUAUGGUGUUUGGAGGAAACUUCCUGCACAGCUUCAACAUCCCUACGCAACUUAAUAUCUGUAAUAUAGAAGACAGAACGCGGGUUCCAUUGAAGUUUCGUUACCCAUUCUACUACGAGAUGUGCUGGUACGUGUUGGAGCGCUACGUCUUCAGUCUUACAAAGACCUCCUACCUCACACCAGAGUUUCAGAAGCACACGCUGGGCAUUGGUCUGAAGAAGCCAGUCUGCUCAGAUCCAGCCAGUGAGCAGGUGAAGGAGGAGGAUAGUAGCAGUGAUGAAGAGGCUUUAGAGCAGCAGUCUGACAAGCCUGCAGUUAAAACUCAUAUGACUCCCCUUGAGCUGGAGGGAAUGUGGAACCUGCUGGGUAAACUGGAGGCUCUGCCCUCCAACAAGAAGUGUGUCCCCGCAGGCAUACACAACGCCCCGGCACUCAUUACACACAUCAAGAUUCUACUGAAGGAACAUGCAAAUGACAAUCCCAAACUGUCCUACACAGGAAUACCCAUCGUCAAGUGGCCAAAGAGACCCUCAUGGUACCAGCCUCCUCCUCCUCCACCACCACCACCUCGUCCUAAAUUGGCCUCCACUCCCAUCGUCCCACGACCACAGAAACCAGCCUCCUCCAUGUCUGUGUUGAGACGGCGCAGGGUCAGGUGUAAGCGCUGUGAAGCCUGUAUGAGACCAGAGUGUGGAGACUGUAAUUUCUGCAGAGACAUGAAGAAGUUUGGAGGACCAGGGAAACUCAAGCAGACCUGUGUGCUACGACAGUGUCUCUCUCCGGGCCUUCCUCUGUCUGCAGUAUGUGAGAUCUGCAAGGAGCCCAAUCAGGAGGAAACUGGAGACCCCUCCCUCACUCUGAUGGAAUGUUCCAACUGUGCGCAGAUAGUCCAUCCUGCCUGCCUCACGGUUCAGGGUGAAGGAGUUGUGAACAAAGACCUGCCCAGUUGCUGGGAGUGUCCAAAGUGUGUCCAAGGGAUCACUGACCCAGAGUCAUCAGGCAGUGAUGAAUCCUUGGCUGCCGCCCACCAGCAGCACAUCCGUCCACACGGCCCCCUGGUCCUCAGACUGGGCCCCGGGCCCUCUGCUACCAUAGGGGGUCCCGUGGGCAUCCAGCAGGAUGGGGAGGUGGUCCGCUGUGGUUUCUUCCCUCCUCCUCCUCUUCCUUCCUGCUCUUCCUCCUCCUCUACAUCACUUCUAUUGGUGGCGGCCCCUCUGCCUUCUCAGCCAAUCAGCUCGAGACUGCAGUCUAAAGGAGACAAAGGUGAAGGCCUUCCAGCGAAGCGGAAAUCUUCAACCCUGCUGGACGCUCGUAUGGCUAAGAUUUACCGACGACAGAGACACAGCCGCGACGGAGACGACUCUGCUAGCGAUGACGACGAUGAUGCCUCUCACAGAAGAAAGAUGGCGCUCCACGCCCGAGGGGGAAGCCACUCCUCCAGGAGGGGGUUCGGCGCCAACAGGAGAGGCCUGCUGAGAGGAGGCUCGGCUCACAGAGGAAGCAGAGGAGGGCUCAUGACUUCUGGCUCCUCCUCCAUGCUCAAGCUAAAGCGAGGGAUGGGCAUGAGGGAGGGUGUACGGAGGGGACGAGGGGUGAGGCUGAGGGGAGGCUCCAGGAUGCAGCGGAGAGGAGACGAGUCCGAGGAGUCGGACGACGACGAUGACGACGACGACGACGACGACGACGAUGAUGACGAAGAAGAGGAGGAGGAAGAGGAGGACAGUGAAGACGGAGUCAAAGAACGACUGAGUCGUCGGCGUAGGAAGAGGAGGAGGCUUGAUGACGAUGACGACGAUGAUGAUGAUGAUGAUGAUGAAGAUGAGGACAGUGAGGGGCAGGACUUUGACCCUGAAGAGGAGGACAUGGACACCCUGGAAGAUGAAGAGGAGGAAGAGGAGGAGGAUGUGGAGGAGGAAGGGCGCUGGGAUUCAGACCCAGAACCCCCGGUCCUCCUGGUGUCGGAUCUGAAUGAUGACCUGCUGAGUGGCUCCUACCUGACCGUCACUCUGCAGCGCCCCCACAAGGCCAAGAGACACUCUGGCUCCAUAGUUCCAAAGCUGGAAGCAGCCAUGGGUCUGAGGACAGCUGCGGUGGGUGCUGGCGGUCAGCAGGGCUUCAUCCAGAGGAAGACCGCUCUGUCCAAACCUUCACGACUCAAGGGCGCCGACACAGCAGACAGCGUAACCCCAAGAGGACCUGGCAGGCCACGUUUGCGGGGUAACCACGGCGCUAGAGAUCACUCGAGUUCUUCAGAGGACGAGGAAGCUGCUGCUCCUCCUCCGCACUCCUCCCUGUCUCCUCCGUCCCUGCUGUCUCUGCCGUCCUUCAAGGACGUGGGCAACGAGAGAGGAGGGGAGAAGGAGGUGUGGGUGUCCGUGUUCCGGUACUUGAACAGAGCUGAGCUGCUGGCCUGCAUGACUGUUUGUAAGGCCUGGUACAAGUGGAGCUGUGACAAGCGUCUGUGGAGCCAUGUGGACGUGAGUCGGUGCAGCCCGCUCAGUAACCAGGCCCUGGCAGGCAUCAUUAAACGCCAGCCCACCUCUCUGGACCUGUCCUGGACCCCCCUGGCCAAGAGACAGCUCAACUGUCUGCUCACCAGGCUCCCAGGUCUGAGGGAGUUGAGGGUGACUGGUCUGUCGUGGUCCUGCCUGUCAGCGUUGGUCUCUCCCACUCUGCCCUACCUGCGGCUGCUGGACCUGCGCUGGUGUGAAGGCCUUAAAGAUGCUCAGAUUAAAGAGAUCAUCACGCCGCCCGGUUCCGAGUCGUCUCGCAGCAGACUGAGGAACAUGGUGACGGUGCGUCUGUCCGGUCUGGACGUCAGUGAGUCCACUCUGAGGCUGCUUCAGCGCCACAUGCCCCAGCUGGAGAGACUGGACCUGGCUCACUGCAAGGACAUAGCAGACUCGUCUAUCGCCCUGCUGGCAGCAGCCGGGACUCACAGCCGCAACAGUCUCACUGAACUCACACUGGCAGGUUGUAGUGAGCUGACAGACGCCUGUCUGUCCUACCUGAAGCGUCUCUCCUCUCUGACUCUGCUGGACCUCAGAGGCUGUUCGGGGAUCAGCAGACGUGCCUGUGACGCCUUCAUCUCUGACCUGUCCCACGUGGCCCUCUUCUGUAUGAUGGAGGAGAAGCUCAUCCAGCGCCUGGAUUAACACAAACCCCUUGUUAGAGCGCAAACUGUGGCAUGAGUCAGCUGUAAAAGAGGAGAAUGGCUGUCAGAAAUAUUAAACCUGACCACAUAAUGUCUUCUGAUACAACACAUAAAAAAGGACCUGUUGAGUUGUGCUUUUUCACUGCUGAUGGAACUCGGCUAGCAGUGGAUAAGGUAACGAAAUCACAGCAACUCUUAUUUUCAGGUGAUUAUACACUACAGGAAACAUACUUAUUAAUAUUAUAUUCAAUUUCUGCCAACAGAUCCCCCCUAACUGUUACACACUGGUCCUUUUAAUUAUUUUGGGGAGUAAAAAUAAGUGAAUUCCAUGUGUAUAUAUGUUUGUAUUUUUUAUGUUUCAUUCAUGUUAAGAUUCACUCAGUCAAUUGACUUUGUACAUAUUUUUCUAACUGUGUGAAAACUUAAUAAAAUGUGAAUAGUUGAACUUUC